GUAGCGCCACCGCCCCUUAAAAACUAGAGACCCCGCUGCGGCCCGCGCCAGAAUAGACCAUCGGUGACGUGUGACGCUGUCGCGUUGAAGGCCGUGCAUCCUCACGAAAGGACCUCUGAGCUCGGACUAUAGUAGACCUGCUGUUGCUAAACCAGACGGAAUCUUUCUGUGGUCCAUUCUGAGAGAUAGACCUCUAAACGCGCUUUUGCGUCUUCGUUAAAGCUUCCCCCUCUCCCAUCUUCAGUGCCGUACGGCUUGUCCGCCGAGCAGCGGCCAAGCGAUCACAUCGGUGCCAAGACGAGUGCGCGAACGAUGACCUCGAUGUUCCAGACGCGACUGACCAUGGCGCCCUCACCGACGCCUUCCCACUCCAAGAGGUUGGACAAGAAGAAGUUCACGCACGUCUCCAGUGAGGUGAUCGCCCGCGGCGAACACAUGUCGCUCGCCAAGUACAAGUACGUGGAUGCCACUGGCAGCCAAAAGAUCUGGGAAGUGGCCGAACGAUGCCAGAAAGCCAAGAGCAGCGAGUCUGACUCCGUCUGUGCUAUUCCCAUUCUUAAGCGCAUGCUCAAGUAUGACUGCCUGGUUCUCGUCAAGCAAUACCGGCCAUCCAUGAAAGCCUUCACCCUGGAGUUCCCUGCUGGCGUCGUAGAGCCAACAGACCAGACAUCGGAGGCAUCCGCUUUGAGGCGGCUCAACUCCCAGACCGGCUACACUUGCACCGGCCUCAAGAAGACCAGCCCCCUGACUGCCUCUGAUCCAGUCCACACAGCGUGCACGACGAAGCUCGUCUCGGUCGACAUAAACGGCGAUGAUCUUCGCAAUCUCAACGCCCAGCAGAAGUUCGGUGAAGGAGAGUUCUAUGAAGUAGUCCAGGUUCCCAUGAACGAUGUCCUUAAGCGGUUAAAUGAGUACACCGAGGAGGGCUACGUCAUCGACUCUCGCGUCUACACCUUCGCCCUGGGUCUGUCCAUGGGUCUCCGAAUGGGCGCCGAGCAGAACGGCGACAAGGAGGACGACGUCCAGAUAGUGACCAACAUCAUCGACCACUAGUAAUACAAGAUGGCCACGUCUUCACCGGUCUUGGACUCGCCGCCUCUACUCUCUUCAGGACACUGUAUCUUCCUCGCUCGAUGCUGACAAGCGUGGAACCGUGCUACACUGCACUGUCACUGAGGAAGUUUUACCCAAUGCUUUCGAUCAACCUCUGAAGAAAACCAAGUUUAAAAGCCUCCAAUUAAACUAUACACACAUUUAUCAUACGUUGCAUGACGUAGGUCAUAAGAAGUUACCCUUGAAAUAACCCAACUGUGACCAAGAACCUCAUUUUAUAACAAUGCAGCCACAGUAUGCCUUUCUGCAAUGUAUACAGAGAUGACAGAUGUAGAUUUAAACUUGGGCAGCUUGCGGUGGGCAGGGCCGUGUGGAGCGUUUGUGUAUUAUGUUGAGAAUUUCUCUUUUCGUGACAUUUUAUGCAUUGAUACUUCAAACUCCAUGGACAUUUUUUUUCAUUUUGUUGCUGUAUAAUUAUUAUUGUCCCUUUUUUACGAUUUAUGUUUAUGUGGUACCUGAAAGCUCACUCUUCGUCGAAAUGUGCACUAUGUUACUAUUUCUUCAAAAGCAGUUGGAACUGUGGGAACGCUGCCAUAGUUUCUGUAAUAAGGAUAAUUAUCGUACAGUUUAGCCGCUUGUUGGCACCAAAGAAUAUGGAGACACUGAGGCAAAAAAAGCCGCAACCUCCAACAAUGCAUGCCAUAUACGUACUUGACUAAUUUUUAUACGUUUUUGGACUGAUCCUUAGCCCUGGGACUACUUCAAUUAAGGCUUCGUAAAUCUAUACAGUCAUGAUGUGUUCCUCUAUGGUGUCUCUUCAAUGUGAAUUUCAGUGUCGCAUCUGUACGUUGUUGAGAAUAAAGAGUGAUGUUAUCCUCUACAGA